AUGAUCGGCCCCGGCAAGGCCAUCAACACAUCCUACUUCCGAGUCAUCAGUCCUUGUGUACUCGGCAGUCCGUACGGUGCCACGUCGCCAUUGACGAUGAACCCGCUCACGGGCGAGAAGUAUAAGCAGGGGCCGGACAAUACACUCACUCCAGCCGACAUGGCUCGCUGCCACGCCAAGGUCUUGGACGACCUGGGCAUCGACCGCGUCCACGCUGUCAUCGGGGCCAGCGUGGGCGGCAUCCAAGCUCUCGAGUUCGCGGCUCAGUUCCCGGGCCGCGUGGAUCGACUUGUGGGUCUCGCCUGCACACACCACACCUCACCCGGCACCGUCGCCUUCCGACGCGUGCAGCGGCGCGCCAUCCUCGCCGACCCCAUGUGCAAGGACGGUAACUACAUGCCCGGCGUGCCCCUUGAGGGCAUGAAGGUGGCGCGCGAGCUGGGAAUGACGUGCUACCGCUCGAGGGAGGAAUUCGACGCUCGCUUCGAGUGGAACCCAACGGGCCCCAUGCACUUCAAGACAGCAGCCUUCGACGUCGAGAGCUACAUGGACUACCAAGCCAACAAGUUCGCGCGCGUGUUCGACCCCAACUGCUAUCUGCUCCUCUCCAAGGCCAUGGACUUGACCAACUUGGGCCGCAACGCGCAGAACUUGGCCGAGGGUACAAGCCGCGUCUCGUGCGACUCGCAGAUCAUCGGCAUCAAGCAGGAUCUGCUGAUCCCGAUCCAGGAGCAGCGCAACCCGGUCAACAUCCUGCAGUCGUACGGACACAACGCGCAGCUGGUGGAGGUGGACUCCAAGUUCGGUCACGACACCAUAUUCAACGCCCAGAUGCAGCUCGACGUGUUCGCUCCGCUCGUCCGCGAGUUCAUCGAGGAGCAGCUCAGCGACAUCCUCCCUCAACCCACUACGCCAUUGAAGCGCUUGUUCUUCCAUGGAAGCUGGCUGAGACUUCCAGAUUUCCCUUCAAGUGACUCUUCCCCACAUCCGAAUUGGCCCCGAACGCCAUGGAGCGUGUUGCCUACCGCCCACCAGGUAGGCUCCGAGACUGGAAGCGGCGGUAUGCCUGCUCCACGGUCCGGUGUAAGCUCGGCCGGGUGUGGAACUCAUCAAGGAGAUCCAGAUUUGCGCUCGACUCAUACGGAAGUCCACCACCGAAGCUUGGGCUCUCGCAAACUUCCACGUGCUCCGCCAGUGCGAGGAGCGCGCCGAUAUCCCCGACUUGACGACUCCCACAUUCUUCACCCGGUGCUGUAG